AUGACUUCACGACGAAAAGUGAAUCGAGGAAGUCUUGCUCCGCCAGCAACAACGUUGUCAGCGACAUCCACAACAACACCAUCAACAACGGAAGUAACAUCACGUGAAUUGGUAAAUAAUCAUCCUGCUUUGGAAAAAGAAUCUGCUUCUUCGGAACGUAAGAGUGUGGAAGAAGAGCCUCAAAAAUUAGCGGUUAAUUCUUCCACGCUUCAAGAGUCUGCUGAGAAUUUUGAAACCAACAACUCCGAUAAGAAAAAACAUCAUCGUUUUGUAAGACCAGGAGCAUAUUUAAGUAAUGAUAAUAAUUCAUCAUCAACGAAUGAAAAAGAAGAACAGAUUAGUGUAAAUCUUAAAUCGGACAACAAAGUCUCUUUGGAGAACAAUCUUGGUAGCAAUGAUAGUAAAAGUAGUACAGAUAAUCAUAAUGGCAACAAGAUGGAUGAAACUAGUGAUGUCUUGCCAUCAAGCAGUAGCAGUGGGGAUGGUUUAAAGAUAAUAAUACCAAACAAUCAAACCACACUUGCAUCUUCCGAAAUCACACAAGAACCAUCUACUCAAGAGCUCUUACGUACACAACAAAACGAUAGUAGUCAUGAUAAUUCUGAAUCAAUCAGUACUCUUACACCUAAAGAAGAGUCAACCACACCCACACCUACAAUCAUCGAACCAUCGAGUAGUGAAUCCACCAACGAGCCCAAAGAACAGCAGCAACCAACACGGCGAGUGAGACGUUUUAACAAACAUCGAAGUACCACUCAACCAGCAUCUGCUGUUCGAGAAGAAAGUGACAAGACUUCAUCUUUACCAAACAAUGAGAAACCAGAACAAGUUGCAACCAUAGAGCAAAGCACGCCCUCAAGUGACAAUUCGUCCAAUACAACAGAGAAAACAACAAAAAAAUACACAGACAGCAAAUCAUCACCGGCCGAUCACGACGAGGAAGAAUCAUCAAAAACAUCAAGACGAUCAAGAAGAACUCGUACAACAGAAAUGCCUCCUGUUGAUACGUCACAACAAUCAAAGAAGGAGGCACCUUCGGAAACAACUAUUGAACAAACGGCUUUAUCAAAAAAAACGAAGCAGUCUCAUACUAAACCACAACAAAGCGAAGAUAAAAAAGGAGAUGACAAUGACAAGCCACAACUCAUCAAGCAAAUAUUGGCUAGACACAGCAGCCAGAAAAAUGCUAGUGACAGCAAACCAUCAGCAAAAGAUAAUUCGUCUUUACAGCAGAUGGACCUUUCCGAUGAUCAUGAAGUCUCAGUUGCAGAAAAAAAGGACAAGUCAAAAUCAUCGAAAUUAAUAGAAUCAACAUCAAUCCCUAAGAAAACCAAACCAAUAUCAGACGUAGAAGCCAAAAAAUCAUCAACAACAACAAAACGAGAAUCUGUCAUGCUAUCGGCUUCCACAAUACCGACAAAGUCAACAACAGAACCUCCUUCCUCAUCAUCUUCUAAAUCUGACGAAAAGAAAAGAAAAAUUGACUCUGUAAAUACCUCGUCGACGAAUACUUCAGAAAUUAACGCCGAUGUACAAAAAUCUGCUUCCAGUAAUAGUAGUACCACCACAGAACCUGGAACAAAAAAGAGUAAGCUUAAUGAUGUACAAAACGCUGAGACCUCUAGUAUCCCUAAAAAACCGGAAUCGAAUGUAACAAUCACACAAAAAGAAGACGAUACUCGAAAGGAAGAAAAAUCCACUUCUUCCAUUUCUACAACAACACUUCACAACAAUGAAGAAAAACCUAAGACAUUCACGCGUGAAAAAGAGGAACACAGUACAAUCUCCAGCUCUCAAGAUAGGCCAUCUUCCUCAUCUUCAAAAGCUGCCAAUGAUGAUAUAACCAAAAUUCCAAAGAAAAAGAAAGAUGACAGUCAUGCAUCAUCCACAGCUCCAUCCAGGGAUGAACGAGGAGAGCAACGACGAGACUCAAGAGAUUACUAUCACAAUGACAGAGCAUACUCUUCAUCCAACAAUAGAGAUUAUCAUGGCCGAGAGAAUGGAAGUCACUCAUAUCGUGACUACAAGGAUCACAACUCAUGGGACGAUGUAACAGUGGAUCAGCACAAACAGAAUCACAGAGAAAAACGAGAACGACUAUUGAGGCCAGCUCGAAUUCGAAUUGAAAAUGAGGACUUUUUCUUUAACACACUUAAGGAAUUUGCUUUGACGCAAUAUGGAACGAAUAAUCCACAACCUGUCACUUCAUUUGCAGUGGCGAACAAUUCAAAACCCAAAACGUCAUCUUCCUCGUCCGUGUCCACUUCUGGUUCUGUUCCCUCCUAUCCUCCUCUCCAAAAACAAAUCUAUGCCAUUGUCUCUGUCAAAGUAUUUUCCAUGCUUGCUUCUAAAACAUCCCUGACAGAGAGUCAGAAAAUUGAAAUUUGCAAAAAACUCGUUGACAAGAUAUCCCCUCGAGAAACUCUCGAAACAGUCGGGCUGGAAAGUCACAAGCAAAAAAUUGAAGAUUUUGUAGCUCAAUAUAUUCAAGGAAAGUACCUGAAAUAA